UUUUCAAUCAUCAUCGUCACUUUUCGUUUAGCUGCAGUGCGUGCUUGCGGUGAGUCCCGUUAUUGUGCCGGUGAAAAGAAUUAAAUUAAAGUGCUUUAAUCUCUUAUUACUUCUAAAACCAGUUGAAUUGUGUAGCUGAAGUGAACAGCUGCCUGCAUCUUUAAAGUCGGCGUGUACUUGAAAAAUUUCAGCAUUUGUAUUUUAGCCAUUAGUGUUCGGUUAUUAUUCGAGUGGUAAACAUCUUUUCGCUAGAGUUUCGCAUUCCUUAAAUCCAAGUGUAUAGUAUGGAUAACGAUAACGAUCAGAACAGUCGCGAUCGGUCCCGUCGCAAUGACCGUGGUCGUAACAACUCUCGAUUCAGCAACGAUCGUGACCGCAGCCGCGAUCGGGAUCGCAGCGACUGUCGACGAAUUUACGUGUCGAACGUACCAUACGAGUACCGCUGGCAGGAUCUGAAGGACCUGUUCCGCAAAGAGGUCGGCGACGUUUCAUUCGUUGAGCUUUUCCACGAUGAGUCGAAUAAACCGAGAGGCUGUGGUAUUGUAGAGUUCGAAAAAGCAGAACAUGUUCAGGCGGCUCUGGAUAAAAUGAAUCGAUUCGAUAUCAACGGCCGGCAGCUGGUUAUCAAGGAGGACUAUGGCAACGAGCGGGACAAGUAUGGUCGGGUUGUGCCAAAGUCUUUCCGCGGCAACGACCGGGAUGGAGGCGACAAUCGGCGACGUGACCGGGAUGACGACCGAAUCUCGGGACGUGAUGAUGGCGGUGGCUUCAAUCCGGACUUCAAUACCUACGGUCUCAGCAUCAAAUUUUUGGAAGGUCUUGGUAUUCAGGGGCCCCUGCAUACCCGUAUCUUCAUAGCGAAUCUUGAUUAUAAAGUCGAUGCUAAAAAGUUGAAGCAAGUUUUCAAACUAGCAGGCAAGGUACAGAAUGUGGACCUUUCCGUCGAUAAAGACGGCAACAGUCGGGGUUUCGCAGUCGUUGAGUACGACCAUCCGGUUGAAGCAGUUCAAGCAAUCUCGAUGUUCGAUCGGCAGAUGUUGUUUGACCGUCGUAUGACAGUUCGUCUUGAUCGUGUUCCCGAGAAGGGCGAGUUGAAUCGUCUACCCGAAGGCUUGAAGGGUGUCGGCAUCGGUCUUGGUCCGAACGGUGAACCACUGAAAGACGUGGCACGCAAUCUUCCAUCGCUGCAGCAGAAUAAUCAGAUUCAGAACAAUCCCAUCCAGAAUGCUGCUCCUACUCCAGUUCAGCCUCCACUUGCUGGCAAUCUGCUUGGGGCCGCCGGUUCUAAUCUUUCUGGGCUGAAUUCGAAUCUAGCCGCUCAGUUAAGUAGUGUGGUUGGUUUAUCCAAUUUGACUGGUAACUUACAAAAUUCGAUCCUGAGUAAUGCUGCUGCUGCUAGUCUGUCUAAUUUGACGGGCUUGGGUAAUCUUGGCGGUGGUGGUGGAAGUGGCGGCCUUGGAGGCAUUGGAGGGGGUAACUCUGCGUUAGCCGGUCUUGGUUCGCUGGGCGGCGGCGGUGGCGGUGGUGGUGGAGGCGGCGGUAAUGACAGUGGUCUCGGCGGAGGUAACUACAAUCAGAACUACUCCUCGGGAGGCUUUGGUGGAGGCAGUGGCGGUGGAAACCGCGGAAACGACUACGACCUUGGAUCCAACAAUGUUCGCAACUAUAGCACUGCACCGAACGACGAUUAUGGUCGCAACUAUGGCAACAUCAAUAAUGGCAAUCGGAAAGUCUCAGAUACGAUUAUUAUUCGAAACAUGCCAUCAUCCUGGACAUGGCAGACAUUGCGUGAUAAGUUCCGCGACGUUGGGGAAGUGAAGUUUGCUGAAAUCCGAGGACAGGACACAGGCGUUGUUCGCUUCGCAAAGGAGCGAGAUGCUGAAGUCGCCAUAAAAUUAAUGGAUGGCUCGCGUUUCGACGGUCGUACGGUCGAUGUCACCUUCUUUUAAGUAUUCCGCCCCCUUGACACGCUUCUAUGGCGUGCAAACGCAUUCAUUUUAGCUACAGUAGAUAUUUCGCGUGGGGUUGUACAAGUCUGAUAGAUACGCUACCCUUUCCAACCCAGUUUAUUCGAAAAGUAACGUUUCUCGUAGAUUGGCUAGGAUUGUUCGAAAGAUAUUUCGAUCGUACCUUCCAUUCGCUUAGGUUUCGUAUAUUUUAGUUGAAUCGAAUUCAUUCAGCGUUUAUUUUUUUGACUGCAAACUAGUUUUCGUAGGGAUUUCGCAUUGUCUGCAUUUUAAAGAAGUACGCUUUAAUUAAGUUUGGAAGGCAAUGGUGAGUGGAUUAGGAACUAUAAUGACAACACUAAUUGAAUGGUUUUAUGGAAUACACAAAAAUAACAAGUAGUUGUAUCACUGACAGAAAAAUACACUAUCUGCUCCGUUAACUACAAUUCUGCGUUGUUGGUAGCUCUAUAUUAAGCAAAAUAUCCACUCCGAAUCGUAUUUGAAUACUAUGUGUACGACGUACACAUCUGCGGCAUGCAAGACUAAUAAACAAUGACUCAAUCA